GUGUGCUUGACGUGAUAAACUUGCGUUUUUCUUGAAAUACGUCAAUCGCAGUUGAUUGAGUACGUUGCAAUGAAUGUCCAGCUGCUACCUAUUCUCUGUUUGACGUUCGCUGGUCGUCCUGCCGUCGCCGGCAAUUCGUACAUUGUCAUCUCUCCGAAGACUAUACGUCCCGGUCUUACCGUUCGUAUCAGUGCUACAAUACUCCAGGCUAGCUCCGACGUGCGGGUGCAGACUGACGUGAUUGCCAACGCUAACAGAACACGUAGUCAAGCGACAGCAAGCAAGACCAUCUCACCAGGUGCGUCCGGCUUCAUUGAGUUGCAGAUGCCUAAUCAACUUCCUCUUGAGGAUGGACCAUACUCACUACAUGUGAUUGGUAUUGGUGCACAUGGAUUGACAUUUAUGGAUGCAACUACCCUUAUUGUUGACCAGAAAUGCGUGUCUGUGUUCAUACAGACAGACAAAGGCAUGUAUAAACCUGGACAAACAGUGCUGAUGCGAUUUAUUGCUUACAAGCCGACUCUGUUGCCAUACUCUGGAACAGUCGAAGUGUCUAUUACAGAUCCUAAUGACAACCUCAUUGCUAAGUGGAAAGAUGUCCGCCUAGACAGCGGUGUUGCUUCUAGAGACUUGCCAUUGUCAAUUGAGCCACCACUUGGAAUGUGGGCAAUAUCAGUCAGUGGAGAAUGUUUAGAGGGCAAACAAACAUUUCGAGUUGACAAAUACGUUUUGCCCAAGUUUGAGGUGACUGUCAAACCACCAUCGUUUCUCGUUUCUAGUGAUACAAGUGUAGAGGGAACAGUAACUGCCAAAUACACGUAUGGUCAACCAGUGAAAGGGACAUUAGAGCUGACAUUUUACCUAAUAACACGAUAUUAUUCUUAUUAUGGCAAACCACCUAAAAUAUUGCGAAUGUCAAACAUUAAAAUUGAUGGAACGAAAGCUUUUAUGCUUGACAGUAGCAAGAUUCGAAGUCUGCGGGAAGAUCAUUACAUGGUGAAAAGUAAUCUACCAAGUCAAGGACAGUUGGCUAUCAAUGCAUCUGUGACAGAGGAAUUGACAGGAACAACUUUGAGUGGUCAAGGUUUGACUUCUUUGUACAGUCAUUCCAUCAAGUUGGAGUUUCAUGAAUCAACUCCUAAAACAUUUAAGCCAGGCUUGUCAUUUGUUGCCAGGGUACUUGUUACAACACAGGAUAAUAAACCUGUAGAGGGAAUUAAUGUCACCGUUACUGCUAGUGCCCAUAUUGAGUCGACUCCAUUUGUUGUUCAAGUUGUAGGAGGGAUUGCUGUGUUGAUAUACGAUGUACCAACAGGUGCCACGUGGCUGUCGCUGAAUGCUAAGUGUGAGGAUCCAAGAACAGGAAAUAUAGUGACCGCAAACAGUCAUCCUAGCAUAAGCAAAUCUCCUAGCAAUAGCUUUAUCCAACUGUCAACGAGUACCUCGAGUACUCAAAUUGGCACGUCUUUGAAUUAUGGAGUCAAAUCGAAUUUUGAAUUUUCAAAACUCUACUACCAGGUAAUGGCUCGUGGCAGUUUGAUUGUGCACGGCUUUAGGCAGUUGAACAGCUCUGCUACUAACACUAGUCUUGAAGUCUGUGUUACCCAUGCCAUGGCUCCGUCGGCUCAGAUUGUGGCUUACGUGAUCACGACCGGUGGUGAAGUGGUUGCAGACAGUCUUUCGGUUUCUGUCGCCAUAGGCUUUGAGAAUUCGGUGAAUGUUUCAUUUGAUGUAACUGAGAAAAAGCCUGGUGACAAUGUGACAGUUACUGUCAAAGCGGCACCUGAUUCAUUCGUGGCUGUUGCUGCAGUUGACUAUAGUGUCGGAUUACUAGCAGACACCAAGGAUAUCACACAAGCACACGUUGUCAAUGAGCUUCAAUCAUAUGACAGUUCAACUCCAGAUUGGAAUAACAGUCCUAUGCGGGGGUUUCUUCAAAAAAAACAUUCUAUAUGGUGGCCGUGGUCAUCGGGUGGUCAAGACGCAUAUAGCAUAUUUGAUAAAGCAGGCAUCGUGGUAUUGACAGAUACUACUUUGUACAAAAUAGAAAAAAAGCGAUUUCGAGGAGGAUGGUCCCGGAACUGGAAAUUCUCUCGUAGUCGUACAGCUUAUUCAUAUGCAACUACUUAUGACGUGGCCCCUCAUGCUUCUGAACGCCAACAUAGUGUCACUGCUCCAACAACAGGUGAAUUCGAACUCUUAGAACCCGAGAGAACGAGAACUUUCUUUCCUGAAACAUGGUUGUGGUCUGAUGCAGUAACCGGAGCUAAUGGAAUGACUACGUUUACGAGCAAAGUUCCAGACACCAUUACGACAUGGGUCGCAAGUGGUUUUGCAGUCAACAGCAAAUCAGGAUUGGGUGUCCCUGUGACAAGAGCUGAGUUAAAGGCAUUUCAGCCAUUUUUUGUGUCUCUCAAUCUUCCCUACUCCGUCAGACGUGGAGAGCAGCUGGGUCUCAAAGUGACUGUGUUCAACUAUUUGGAUGUUGAUAUUAAUAAUGUGCUUGUCGAACUGGAAGAGAACAGAGAUCUUCUUUCUGUGUCAUACAAUAUUUUGACGAAUGAGGCAGAACUAAUCAACCCUCCCGAACCGUCUAGACUCUCGAGAACUAUUUCGGUCACUGCUAACAGUGGGACGACAGUUGUGUUUGCAGUUACCCCAAGAACGGUGGGUCAAAUUGUUAUCAAAGUAAAAGCAAGAUCUAGUGUUGCCGCUGAUGCCGUGGAGCGCCAGUUGCUUGUUGUCCCUGAAGGCCGAGCAGUUGAUUACACUCAAAAUGUCUUCAUACAAAUGGAUCAGUCUAAUCAAAGUUAUAAGCAGUCGUUGUCUCUAAGUCUACCGUCGGAUGUCAUCAAAGACUCCGGCCGAGCUACUGUUUCAGUUAUUGGUGAUUUGAUGGGCUCGACAUUAAACAAUCUAGAGCAGUUGGUGCGCAUGCCAUAUGGAUGUGGAGAACAGAAUGCUGCCAGUACGGCACCAAACAUAUUUGUUCGUCAGUACUUGGAUGCAACAAAACAGUUGACAUUUGACCUGAAGUCAAAAACGAACAAAUAUAUGACAACAGGAUACCAACGUCAGUUAAACUACAGACAUGAUGAUGGCUCGUACAGUGCAUUUGGUGGAAAGAAUAGCAGUGGUAGCCUCUGGUUGACAGCAUUUGUUGUAAAAUUGUAUGCUCUGGCCUGUGAGUUUGUAACUAUUGAUUCACAACAAGUGAUGCUCUCGACAGAAUGGAUAGCAGAGCAACAAUUCUCGAGUGGCGCUUUUCCCACUGUUGGAAUACUCAUUCAAACAUACAUGAAAGGAGAUCUCGAUGGGGAAACUGCCAACACAGCGUUUGUGCUCAUCUCGCUUAUUGAAGCCAAGAAUGCAGCCAACGCCGAUGCAGCACCAGCAGUCGAUGCCGCUAUCACAAAAGCUCAAAGCUACCUACAAGAAAAGUUGACAUCAACGAUUAGACAUCAUACUAUCUGUAUUAUGGCAUAUGCUCUUGCACUUUCUAAAAGCUCAAUGACAUCUCAAGCUAUCACCAAGCUGAAGUCUAUUGCGACUGUAGAUGGUGGAGUAAUGUACUGGAAGGAGACCGGCGGCUCAAGUAGGAAGAGUAGCAAUGAUGAUUUCUUUUAUUAUCCUUACCACGCGUCGUCGGCUGAAAUUGAGAUGACUGGCUAUGGUCUUUUGGCCAUCAUGCAGACCGGUGACGUUUCUGGUGGGCUGCCAGCUGCUAAAUGGUUGAGUAAACAGAGGAAUUCGCUUGGAGGAUGGUCCUCAACUCAGGACACGUGUGUUGCUCUUCAAGCUCUCGCUAAUUUUGCUACUGCUGUGCACAGUGGAUCUGGAUAUCUCAACAUUCAGCUUACUGCAGAUGUUGAUUUAGAUUUCUCACAUUUAUUUAGUGUUGACUCUGACAAUGCACUAGUUCUUCAACAAGCAGAGGUUCCUGUUGGUGGCAAUCUUAACUUGAAUGUGAAUGGGUCUGGAACUGCUCUUCUGCAGGCUACUGUGGCGUACAGCGUUCCUGCACGUGGUAGCUCAGAACCGUCUUACCAGCUGGUAGUUGAUGUGUUGGAGAAGAAUACUAGUGGCAGUAUUGAUAUAACACUUUGUUCAAAAUAUAUAAAGAAUAAGAACUCUGGCAUGGUUGUUGUGUCGGCUGUGCUCCCAUCUGGAUUUGGAGUUGAUCAUGAGGCAAUGGAGACAUACUUGAAAUCCAACUCGGAUGUGAAGAGGUAUGAUGUCAGUGGAGAUCAGGUGGACAUUUAUCUCAACCAGCUUGUGUAUAACAGCAAGAAAUGUGUAGUACUCACAGCCAAUCGUCAGUAUGAUGUUGGAAAUGUGAAACCAGUCCCUGCUGUUGUCUAUAGCUACUAUGAGCCAGAUCUCGAGAAAGAGUCAGUGCUGUAUGCACCAUCAACAAUGGUUGGCGUGACUGUCUGUGAGCUAUGUAUGUGUAACGAGAAUUGUGCUGGAUGUGAUAAUUACCAGAAAGCUAUUGGCUGCUCGACACAGAAACCAUCUUCGAGCUCUCCAUCUGUUCCAGUAUUUCGUUGAUGACUAUUCUAAUGACUCUUGUUGGUAUGGUGGUGAUGACUUUAUUGCUGGAAUGAUUCUGUUAAUUGACUGGAUGUAACGGGUGGUCAAGUGUAAAAGAGAUCAACUACUGAACAAUCUUAGAACUAAAAUACAUUUGAUAACUACGAACCCAGAGAGGGUUCCAGUUACUACCACAUUCAUUAUUGGAGAUGAAUGCAGCUUGUCUAUCUGUCUUUCUAUCUGCCUAAGGCCAUCCGGCCUUGCAGCA